GGAGGCAAUUACCAGGAUUAGGGACAACAAAAUGGAUGGAUGAAGAGACCCACGGCAGCCUCCCGGAGUCCAACCAUCCAUCAUUGCCCACUCUGCCUGCCCAUUCCUGUGUGCAUGGAUCAUCAUUGAUGGAGAAAAAUAAAGAUCUAUGCUCAACACCAGCGGCCACCAUCCCUGCUUCCAUCUUGGCUUAUAUAUAGCUUCGGAUCGACAGCCUGCAUGAACACAAACUUCAUCCCUCUUCAUCCAUUUGGAUUAAAGAUGUGCUCCAAGGCUUCGGCUGCCAUCAAACCUCCUCUUCCUGGCCGCCUGCAGACCACCAGGAUGAGGUUAGAGAGGAGGAGGAAGAGAGCCCGGAAGGUACUGCAGAUGGUGAACCUGAAGCUCUACUUGGAGAACAGGUGCAUCAUGGAGGAGAACAGGAGGCUGAGGAAGAAGGCUUUCCUCCUCCGCCAAGAGAACACAGCCUUGCUCUCACACCUUGGCAUCACCAACCUUGUCCCCGGCUGGCCGCCAUCGCUACUGUCGUAACUUGGUUUUCUUGCAUCCACCAUUACCUUCUUGGCCUCCUUAUCUAUGUGAUGAAGUUUGAAUGUAAUGUUAAUCUUUGUUCUUUGAUGAAGUUUAGAUCUGUUGGAAUCA